AUGUCGCUGUGGCGGCACACGAUAGACAACCAAAGCCUGAGCGUUAAGGGCGGCAGUGUUUGCGUGGUACCCGGUGACAACUCCAGUCAAGUGGAAAAUCAGUCAUUCGACCUGAAUCAGUCCUACCCUUGCGCGAGAAAACUGUCAAACAAACACACUUCGUUGCAACAGUGGCACGAGUCUGGAACAGGUGAUUCCAGUUACAGUUCUGUCGCGGUGAGAGACAUUCAGGUUACACGGCUGCAUUGCUCCGGCGUGUCGUCCGAGUCUCCUGCGCGACCCUCCAGCGUGGUCGACAGAUGUCUGCUCACUCAGCUGGCCUGUGGCUCUGGGCAGCUGUCCACAGAGUCUCUGGUGUCCAACCCUAACAAAGCCACGCUCACAGUGGACUGGAACACCACUCAGGUAUUAGAUGCUAAUGAGCAGGCUUGCAAGCUGUUUGAGCUCCCAAGCAGUGAGCUGAUUGGCCAGAAGCUGAGUACCUUCCUCAGGACCAAUCAGACGCUAGAGGAGGCUGUACCUGAGGACAACCUAGACACUGAGGGAAACGUGGUCUCAGUUACAGCCAAAGUGGUGUAUGCAUUGGGCAGGUAUGGGGCAGAGGUACCUGUGUCGGUGUGGGUCAGAAGGCUGUCCCUGUACCAGUGUGUGUGUGUUUUACUGCUGGAGCCCGUGGAGAGGAUAUGUGCUCACGUUUCCUUCUCUCAGAAUGGUGGAAUCCUCAGCUGUGACCCCGCCUUCGCCCUUCUCCAUGGUUACCGCAGUGCUGACGAGCUGACAGGCCUGUCAAUCAUGUCUCUGAUGCCCUCUCUGAGGAUUCCUCUCCACCACAGGGCGGAGCCUAAGAUGUUGAGAGUACAGAGGACAGGAGCUGUCCACAGGGCGGGCAUGGUUUUGCCUGUGCGUGUGAAACUGCGGGCAGCAGUGGCGUGUGGAAAACCAGAGGAGGUGCGGAAUGACUGUGACCAGUCUGGGCCCAGUGACGGCCUUUCUGCUCUGGACCCAUCCAGAGUUCCCAGUCUGUCAGAGAUGUGUACGACCUUUCUGUCCGGAACACAACCCACAGGACCCAAAGACCCCGGGGUCGGUUUGACGUCUCCCAGUUCAACACUGGUUUACACUGGGAGUGUGUGGGUGUUUGCGCCAGCCAGUGGACUGCUGAUUCUCCACCCAGACGGCUCCAUCUUCUCCAUCAGUAGCUUCCACACCUCCAUGCUGUUUGGCUACAGCAGGUCUGAGCUGCAGGGGAAGAAUGUGACAUUUCUGAUGCCAGCGUUCUAUGAAUGCAUGCAUACCGUGGAGAGAGGCAGCAGUCCUGUUCCAGACCAGACGUCGACUGCCCAGUCCAGCAGUAACACAGACCCCUGUAGGAGCUCUGGUAGUCCCAAGCUUGUGUCUGGGAGUGUUCUAACCCUCUGCAGUGAUGCCACCUCAGUAAAGGAGAAUCAAGAGGAAACGUCUGACCUACACACAGUCCUGGCUGGGGACAUGGGUAUGGUUGAGCAGGCUGUCCAGAGAAGGGUCUGUACUGGGAAGGGAACGAUCUUCACUGGGACCAGUGCCAAGCUGGAUCAGCAAGGCAGUGCUCCCUCCACCAUGACCUCACCAGCCGUCACCUCCACUCCUAUGGACAGAUUGGAGGACACGGCAGAGCUGUGUGAACAGGCAGCAGAACUGGUCACCCAGUUUAACAGUUCUGAUCCAUUCGACUCAACCACGGCCCUCCUGCAGACCUUUGCGCUGGUGGAGUCCCAGGAGGUCCAGAGAGCCAGUCUCUCCCCUCGCCACGGCCCAGCGAAGCAGCUCCUCAGGAACCGAAGCGAUCCCCGCAGGCCGGGAAAGGAGCCUCCUGAUCCUCACCUGGUGGGCUAUGGAUGCUCUGACCAAACUGCACAGCAGGACUCCAGUUUUGAGGUGAUCUCCCUGGGCAGCCGCUCCUCCUCUGGGUUCUGCGAGAAAUGGGCCGGUCCGGACCGGUUCGAUAACUCACAGAACGGCGCUCUGGUGCCCGACUCCGGAAGCUGCUUCCUGGACAUGGACAGCAACGGUGAGGUCAUCACUCGAGCUUUGGGAGAACUGGACCUGAACGGGAGCCUGGAACUCCCCAGCGCUCCUCCUGACCUCCUCAGCCUCUCCCAGACCUCCUGCGACACGGCCGAGCUCCUCCGCACACCGUCGCCCAUCAUGGUGGAGUUGGACCAGGAGGGCGACGCCCCGCGCUCCCCAGAGCAGGACAAACGAUGUGUGAUUGACCGUGUUCAGAAAGAACCAGAAGAGUGGAACAGUCCCCUGCCGAAGGAUCCAGAACAUAGGAACCUUCUCCCGGAACAUGUCAAAGGCGAUGUUCUAGAAGACAGACGGGUCAGUGGUGGAAUCCGGUUGCUAAGCGACACCCUGGCGACCUCCACUCCUAAAAAGCCCCAGUCAGAUGCUUGCUCUGCGCCUGCAUUGAACAGAGACAUUGUGGAGGGGCGUUUUGUGGGAACCUGCUACCACAGGGAUGGAGCACCACUUGAGGUGCAGUGUGACAUCCGUAAGGCAGCUCCUCCCGGUAGCAGGGGCUGUUCUUUUUACUGUGUAUGGAUGAGUGCCUGUCAUCACCUCAUCCCCCAGCAGGAGGCGCUGCUGAGCCCACAGUCUGUGUCGGGAGUGUCAGGACAGGACUCCUCUGCCCUCAGCCUGGGAGAAGCCAUCCGCGAGGCCUGCCGUGGGGACGGUCUUGGGUCCUCUCUGGAUCUGGAACAUUCUGGGGCGUGUGAGGGCCGGUUUUCAGAGGAAUACCGCAGGGUCCGAGCCGUGGGAAAAGGGGCUUUCGGCUUCGUCUGGCAGGCCUGUCGACGCACGGACGGAGAAGAGGUGGUGGUGAAGUUUAUAAAGAAGAGCAAGAUUAUGAGGGAGUGUUGGUUGGAUGACCCUGAUCUGGGAUCAGUCAGUCAGGAGAUAGCCAUCCUGUCCCGCCUCCAACACCCCAACAUCGUCAGGGUGUUGGAGGUGUUUGAGAACAGGGAUUUCUUCCAGAUGGUGAUGGAGAAACAUGGAGAGGGUCUGGACCUGUUUGAGUUUAUUGACCGACAGCCACGACUGGACGAGCCCUUGGCCAGUUACAUCUUCAGACAGUUGGUGGCGGCGGUCUCUUAUCUUCGCGGUCAGAACGUCCUUCAUCGGGACAUUAAGGACGAGAACAUCAUCAUUAACACACGCUUUCAUAUCCGACUCAUCGACUUUGGCUCUGCUGCCAGGCUGGAACCUGGAAAACUCUUCUACACCUUCUGUGGCACACUGGAGUACUGCUCACCGGAGGUGCUCCAAGGAAAUCCGUACGAGGGUCCGGAGUUGGAGAUGUGGUCUCUUGGUGUGCUGCUGUAUACUCUGCUGUUUAGUGAAAAUCCGUUCUGCAGUGUGGAGGAGGCCAUGGAGGCCAAACUCAGACCCCCUUACCCCCUGUCUACAGAGUUGGAGGGCCUGCUGUCUGGACUGCUCCAUCCUGACCCGACCCAGCGGAUGUCCCUGCAGGAGCUGCUCCUGGAGCGGUGGAUCAGACAGGCCAUUAACCUGGCGGAGUACUCUUGGGAGGAGGUGCUCCCCGGCGGGGACGAUGCGUCCAGUCAUCAGGUGUGCAGCCAGGACGGCCUCUGCCUGGACUCUGACAGGCAGCAGGUCUUCCAAGACCACGCCCCUCUGGAGGAGGAAGAGGAGGAUGAGGAAGAUGAGGAAGAGGCCGAUGAGGAAGAGCAGCGCAUGACAAUGGCAGCUUUACAGAGCGAGCUCCAGAAGUAUCUCUCAGAUGAGUGA